UGUGGGCGUGGCGAAUCGUUUGACCGGAGCAAGGAGUUUGCUUAGCCAGGCAAGCGAUUCGAUAGAUCAACAGCGGACGACGAGCUCUAUUUUAUUAAUUAAUGUCAACGGUUACGGAGAAACCAGAGGCAGAGAAGAAGCGAAGAGAGAAUCUGUGAAUGGUUGCAAAAAAAUGAAACAUUGUAUCCGCAUAUUGUCUCUUCCAUGAAAUGUGUGUGCAACUACAGUGAGCAGUAGAACGUUUCACUGACAGCUCAGCGGGUUAUAUUGUUUUGCUGGAUAUCCCGCGCCUUGGUGGGGAUUUUAGGAGACUCCAGAGAAAUGUGUCGAAGGUAAUCUCCAGUCACUCACUUACCACCCCUCAUCCCCUCUCCCAAACCCACCCUGCGAUGAUGUCGUCACCCUCUGUGGCCACCCCCUUGACAACGUCCCCCCCCACCCUCCGCCCCUCCUCUGCCCUAGACUCUCUCUCCAUGUCCUCUCUACUGUCCGGGGACCUAGAGGAUGAGAUGGGGGAUGGAGAGGGGGAGGAGGGGGGCCUGGGGGACCUGGAGGUGAACCCGUAUGAUGGCUUGCCCUUCUCGUCACGCUACUACUCUCUGCUGGAGGAGAGGAAAACGCUUCCCUUGUGGAGCCUCAAGUACCGCCUGCUGGAGCACCUGGAGACGCACAGCAUGGUGGUGGUCAGUGCCCCCAGUGGCACAGGCAAGAGCACACAGGUGCCCCAGUGGUGUGUGGAGUAUGCCCUGUCCCAUGACUUCUCUCAGGGCUUGGUGUGCUGUUCCCAGCCCUAUGCUGUGGCUGCAGCGAGUCUGGCCCUCAGGGUGGCUGAUGAGAUGGACCUGAGUCUGGGCCUGGAGGUGGGCUACUGGGUCCCCCACGACGAUGGCUGUACCCCUGAUACACUACUUAGGUUCGUCAGUGACUCACUGCUCCUGGGGGAGAUGAUGUCGGACCCCCUGCUGCGUCAGUAUGGGGUGCUGGUGGUGGAUGAGGUCCAGGAGCGCACUGUGCCCUCCGACGUCCUUCUGGGCUUGCUGCUGGACGUGUGCUGCCAGCGCCCCGACGACCUCCGUGUGGUCCUCCUCACCGACCCCUCCCUUGCCUCCAGCCUCGCCACCUUCCUGGGUGAGGGAGUUCCGGUUCUAACGCUGGAUGAGCCUGUCGCGGAUGACGACCGGCCCGCCAGAGAUACACCCUACACAGAGACAAGGAGGAGGGCACCGGUUGUCGUGGAAACGGUGUACAGGGAUCCUGGAGGGAGGGAGUCUGCGGCAGCGGCAUGUUACAUGGUGUUGGAUCUCCACCGCAGGGGAGAGGAAGGGGAUGUCAUGGUCUUUCUCUCCAGUGCCCAGGAGAUUGACGAGUGUGGCUCUCUGCUGGAGAAGGAGUCUGUUGCCCUGAGCCCUCAGCUGGGGACCCUCAGAGUUCUGCACCUCCACGCAGGCCUCGGAGGGGCUACCCAGCGCGUCUAUGAAGCUGAGCCAGACGGGCCUUCUGGGGACACGGAGGGGUCCAAUGGGUCUGAAGGACUGGAAGGGCCAGGGAUAGGGGCGGGGAUGGGAGCGAGGCGCAGGGUCAUCCUCACAGACACCCUGGGGGAGGCCUCCUUCUCUCUAUCUGGAGUCCGCUAUGUCAUAGACACAGGCAUGCAACUCAAGACAGUUUACAACCCUCAAAUUAGAGCGGACUCCCAGGUCCUGCGUCCCAUCAGCCGGCAGCAGGCAGACAUGCGGACGCAGAGGGUAAACGGUGACCAACCAGGUCUGUGUUUACGUCUGUACCCCCAGGCUCUGUAUGAGGAGGGCAUGGCGGAGACCCGCAGCCCGGGGGUGGUGGAGGAGAACCUCAGUCACCUGGUGCUGCUGCUCAAGAGGCUGGACAUCGCCGACAUGGGCCAGUGCAAGUUCCUAGACAGGCCUGCUCCAGAGGCUCUGAUGCAGGCUCUAGAGGACCUGGACUACCUGGCAGCACUGGAUGAUGAUGGGAACCUAUCUGAGGUGGGCAUCAUUAUGUCAGAGCUGCCCCUGGAGCCCCCUCUGGCUAAGGCCCUCAUCGCUGCCUGCGAGUUUGACUGUGUCAACGAGCUGCUCACCAUCGCUGCCAUGCUCACAGCUUCCCCCUGCUUUGUGACCCCCACACCCCAGAGAGAGGAGGCAGCAGCCACUCACAGACGCCCCCUGUUGCACAACGAGGGAGACCACCUCACCCUCAUCAACAUCUACAACGCCUACAUACAGCGUGAGACCAUAUAUCACACACACACUCAUGGAUCUACACACAUAGGCAUGGAACAGACAUGCAUUUCAUACUAUCUCUACUCCUUGAAUAUUAAUAUGUGUGUUUCUCUGAUUAAUAUUUUAGACAAUGAGGAUGAUGCCUGGUGUACUACCAACUUCCUGAACCCCGCCGCAUUACGAUUGGCUGUGGUGAUCAGGGCAGAGCUGCUGGAGGUGAUGCAGCGAAUAGAGUUGCCCGUCUCGCCUCCUUCCUUUGGUUGCCAAGACAACUGCACUAAUAUCAAGCGUGCACUCAUCUCAGGGUUCUUCCUCAAGGUGGCUCAUGAUGUGGACGGCUCAGGUAACUACCUCCUGUUGACUCACCGUCACGUGGCUCACCUCCACCCCUUCUCCUCCUAUCUGUGUCGCCGUCCGCGCCUCAACCCCCCCUCCUGGGUGCUCUACCACGAAUUCACCAUCUCCCAUGACAACUGCAUCUGCACCGCCUCCGAGGUGCACCCCCACAUGUUGGUGGAGCUGGCCCCUCUGUACUACCUAGGCAACUUGCCGUCCAGCGAGGGACGGGACCUUCUGAUGGAGCUGAGACAGAGUCUGCUGCCCCCAGAGGAGGUACAGGAGAGGGGCCCAGAAGGAGUCUAUGACACACGCCACAUUGAGGAACACUUAGACAGGACUGGAGAUCCACGUAAUCAAGACAGUACUGAGCUGUGUGUCAUACAGUGACGGGAAUGGUGUGGGCAACCAAAAGCAGAACCAAGGGAGGAGAACCUGAGAGAAGGGACUUGGAUGCACUAUGCAGGAUACUCUCAAGUUUUACCAGGAAUACACCAUAGAUCUAUACUGUACUAUUGCAUGGACAGUUGUUGAGGGAGAGUACGUACAGUACACUAUCCAGCCAUAAAACAUUGUAUGGAGGCCGUUGUUUCAAUCUGAGUGAAUAAGGGCUCACCUACAGGUGUUAGUGACAUUUUUCUUAAAUGAGAUUAAAUGCAUUAUUUUUUUUUGCACAUGAAAAUGUGUGAGUUAAGGGCAAUUUCAGACUGAACCUACAGAGUUCCUAUAAAACAAACUGUAUACUGGUAUGCAAAGUAAUAUAUAUUGGGAAUUAUAUAUUGCCAUGAAUGUUGACUAUUCUGCAAGAGUCCCUGAUACUUCACUGAAGAGACAGUCAGCUGUCAAUAAGUGGACAUGCAUUCUUUCAAUGAUGACUGGUGAGGUAUGGCAUUGAUGCUGUCACUUCCAGGGAAUUUGUGUUUUUGACUAUUGUGGCACCAGCACCUAUCUCUUCAGUAGAAACUAUUGGUUGACCUAGGAUCUCUCUGUCGAAGUGCCCAAUCAUAGAAGCUGACUUGAUGUGGACUGGACAUGUGAUUCGCAGGACUCAGUUAGGUUUAAACAGGGCGAUCUACCAUUGUAUGGAGCUUUAGAAUCCAGUUUUUGUUACUGUUGUUCUUUGUAUGCUAGUGGGUUUCCAAUGUGUUGAAAUAAUAUAAUAUUUUGUGUGUAAAUCAAGGGUGUCGGGUCAGCCUCCCUCUAUCUAAUAAAUAUUUUAAAUAUAUUUUGAACAUGAAA